AUGGCUCUCGUUCUGCAGCUGCUGCCGUUGCUGCUGUCAAGGGCCCAAGGGGACGCCCAGGUUUCCUUGGACGGCCGCCCGGGCGACCUGGUGAAUCUCUCCUGCUCAGGGAUCUCGCAUCCCAUCCGCUGGGCCUGGGCGCCUAGCUUCCCAACAUGCAAGGGCCUGUCCAAAGGACGCCGCCCGAUCCUGUGGGCCUCUUCGAGCGGAACCCCCACAGUGUCUCCAGUUCACCCCUUUGCUGGCCGCCUAAGAGUGCUGGACCCUGGUAUCCGGCGGCUAGAGCUGCUCCUGAGCGCGGGGGACUCCGGCACAUUUAUUUGCAGGGGCCGUCACGAGGAGGAGAGCCGUACAGUGCUUAAAGUGAUGGGGGAUGGGGCCGAUUGCAGGACUCCGGGGCCUAGCCAGGGGUCCGUGUAUCCCCAGCUCCUGAUCCUCCUGCUGGGCGCUGGGCUAGUGCUGGGACUCGGAGCAUUGGGCGUGGUCUGGUGGCAGCGCCGGCGCUCAUCCCCGCACCCACUUCGACCCCUCCCCAGAUUUGCUCCACUAGUAAAAGCCGAGCCCCAGAAGCCAGUAAAGGAGGAGGAGCCCCAGAUUGCAGGGGACAUGGACCAGGAGCAGAACCUGCUGUAUGCGGACCUGGAUCAUAUGGCCUUCAGAAGACCUCGCCAGUUGUUGCCAGUGGUCCCUGCUGAUUCCUCCACCAUCUAUGCGGUUGUAGUUUGAAGCAAAGCCCUUACUCCAAACAUCGCAAGCUUGGGGGCUCCCUAUAACUGCCCUCUCCUUCUCUGACUCUCCCAGGAUAAGGAAGGCAACCUGGGGUAGAAAUCAGCCUGGGAGUCAGGAGACCUGAUGAUCUUGCUCCUUCAGCUGCCCCAUGUUCUGUAACUUCCAUGAUUCCUUUACCAAGCCCUGUCAUCAAGCUCUGUCUCCCCAUCUUAAGACAUCUGCCAGUCCUAGGUUGUUGUCCCACCUCUUCCCUUCCUUCCAGUCAAGCUCUUUGAAGCAGGGGCUUAUACCUGCCUUCUCCAUUUUCUUCUCCUUCACUCCACUCCUAUGAGGUUGCCAGUGAUGUCCUAAUGGCCACAUCCAGUGGACAUUUUUUAGCAUUCAUCUGGCUUGGCCUUUGAUUACUCCAUUCUUUAAGCUGUUUUUCUUUAAUGCUGAUGUCUUCCUUCUGGACCUUUCUUUCUCCACCAUGCUACAUGUGUUCCUUUCUUUACCUACCUUCUUCCUCUUCUGGGAAGCUGUCAUCCACAGUGGUCUCAGUCUUCACCUUGGCAAAUGACACCCAGAACUCUCUCCAACUCAUAUUUCAGAUAUGGCAUUUCCGAACUGUCCCUCAGACAUCCCUGCCUACCUGGCCCUAUGCAUUUUGCACACAGCAUCUCCAAAACUCAGUCAUCUCCCAAACCUCACACUUAAUCCUCUAUUCUCUCUUGAUCAACACUGUUGACCCAAGCCAGAGACUGAAUCAGGGAGUGAGACCUCCUUCCCCUCUCUUCUACACAAUGAACCAAGUCUUGCCAUUCUGUUUUAAGAUCACUGUCAAAUCCACACCCUCUUCACACUCAGCACUGCCACCUGAAUGUACUCUCAUUUUCUUGGGUUACCUGUAGCCCCACUUCAUCCUUCUGCCUUUGUACCCUCCUCCCUAAAGCCAGACAGAUCUUUCCCAAAUACUAACCUGCUUCUGACAGCCUGUAUUUCAGAUCUGUAGUAUUUCUUUCCUUAACCUUCAGCUCUCUGCCUGUUCUCCAGGCCUAUUUCUGUCAUACCGCAAGUAUACAACAUGCUAGCCUUAGAGAAAUUCUCCCUAGGCCCCAUAUGCGCUAUGCCUUUGCCCAGUGCAAUUCCUUUUUCAUGGAUUACCCUUUUCCUUCUUCACAACCUGCCUUGACUCUUGAGUGUAGCUUCUGGGAAGCCAUUUCUGACCCUCUUUGCCACCAUGCAUAUUUUGAUGCCCUGGGAGUCCCCUCAUAUCGCUCAUCAACAGUCUAUUGUGAAUUGUUCCAUCACAGACUGACUGUUCAACAAUUGUGAGUUCCUUGACCCUUUUCACAUCACUACUAGGACUUGGGAAAUGAGUGAAUAAAAAUUAA